AUGCUGCAGACAGGCGCGCAGUCUGCUUUCGCCCAGAUGCUAAACGACGGCAUCCUCACCGACAUCGUCGUCAACGCCAUCGGCGGUAGCAUCAGGGCACACCGUGCCGUCCUGGCCGCGCACUCGGCGGUGUUCAGGUGCAUGUUCUCGCACGACCUCAGGGAGAAGGAGCAGUCCGCGGUGGACAUCUCGGACAUGUCUUCCGACGGGUGCCAGGCCUUGAUCAGCUACCUCUACGGCACGCUGUCCGAGGAGGAGUUCUUGGCCCACCGGAGCGAGCUCCUCUUCGCCGGCGACAAGUACGGCAUCGCCGGACUCAAGGAAACCUGCGAGAAGAGCCUGAUCGACGACGUCGACACGGACAACGUGCUCGAGAGGCUGCAGAUGGCACACCUGUACGGGCUGUCGGCGCUCAAGAGGACCUGCAUGACUAUGCUUGUGGAGUUCAAGAGGGUGCACAGGAUACCAGAGGAUUUCCGCGAGUUCGCGCGGACAGGGGAUGGGGAUCUCGUAGCCGAGGUCAUGGAAAGUUGCAGACGACAAGGUUACUUACCACCUUGGUAUGAUCUUGCGAGCGCUGGCAGGGUGAGGAACCAGCUAGUACUAGUUCCUAAAAAAGAAGAUGAUCCUGCUUAG